AUGGCGUUACGAAGUCCGGUGUGGGAUUAUUUUAUGAAGAUAAAUCCUGAGAAAAUUAAAUGUAACUUGUGCUCGGCAGUGUUGUCGUUUAAAAGUAGUUCAACUUCUUGCUUAAACAGACACUUGCGACAUAAGCAUCUAACAGUUAAUUUAAGUGAAACUCGUUCGAAAUCAGUCUUUAUGAAUCUGGGCAGUGACGAAACCAGUUCAGUUUCCACAGCAACUGUUCAGGAAUCUGCCAUUCCAGUGCCUGUGCGUCAAGAUGAACAAUCUGUACAAGAAAUACCCAGCACUUCCACCAGUUCAGUUCUGGGUAGGUGUGGUAAACAAACAAAGAUUACUGGAUUUGCAUCAAGACCAGUGCCUUCAUCCAAACGAGCCAAAAUAGACGAACAGAUUUUAAGACUUGUUGUUAAAGAAUACCUUCCAUUUAAUGUAGUUGAGAGUGUAGAGUUUAGAAAAAUGACUUAUUUAUUAAAUGAAAACUAUGUACCACCAAGUAGAAAAACACUCUCCCACAGUUUACUCUCUCAAAUGUUCGACAGCACACUAGUGCGACAUACAGCAGAAAACAUUUCCAAUGAAUUACAAAAUGUGACUUCAAGUGGGGGUAUCACCAAUAAAAUUGUAGCUUGCACUACAGAUAACGCACCUAAUAUGGUGAAGGCAGUGAUGAUGUGCAAAUGGUGGCAUGUACCUUGUUUUGCACAUACACCGAAUUUAAUCAUGCAAGCAAGCCUUGAACCAAUUACAGACACAAGGGGAAAGGUGAAGUCAUUAGUGGAAUUUUUCAAAAGAAGUCCUCAAGCACUUGAGAAAUUACACAAUAUUCAGAAGCAAAUGGGCGUUCCUAUUUUAACACCGAAACAAGAUUGCCCUACGAGAUGGAAUUCCACAUAUGAAAUGUUUGACAGGCUUUUGAAAAUCAAAGAGCCUUUGCAAAGCACCCUUGCCAUCCUCAGUGUGGAUUCACAAACAAAACUGUCCAAUGAAGACUGGUUAGUUAUUGAAAAAUCUUGUGAAAUACUAUCUCCUUUUGAACAAGUCACAACAGAAAUUAGCAGUGAAAGAAAUGUAACCUUGUCAAAAGUUGUCUUAUUAAGCAAAGGUUUACAAAGUCAUUGUCUGAGACUAAAAAACUCAGAUCACAGCAAUGAAGCCAAUAAUACAGUAAUUGCUAAACUUGAGGACGGAAUCUGUACCCGCCUCAUUCAAAAGUUUGCAGAUAAAGCAAUUGCUUGUGAGGCAACAUUACUGGAUCCUCGCUUCAGGGAGCAUGGUUUUCCAAAAACUGGGCAUCGAUUAAAAGAAACAAAAGAUGCCAUAAUUAACAAGUGCUGUGCAAUACGACAGAAAUCCACUCGGUGUUCUACAGAAAAUCCGCCACCAGCCAAACCAGUUGAGGUGAGCACAUUCACUUCUAGCAGUGGCAACAUUUGGCAGGAUUUUGACCAAGCUGUAGGUGGCUUGAUCCAAAGUGUAGACAAUCCACAUGCUGCAAGUAUAGUCGAGCUUGAUAAAUAUAUGAAGAUGCCACUGAUACACAGAUCACAAGAUCCAUUGCUGUGGUGGAAAGAAAAUCAUGUGUUGUUUCCUACACUGUUUGAAAUAAUGAAACGACGUCUUUGUAUUAUGGCCACCUCUGUUCCAUGUGAGCGCAUAUUUUCAAAGCAGGGGCAAACAAUAACAGACAGACGAUCCCGUCUUUCAAGCGAAAAAGUGUCAAAAAUGAUAUUACUAAACUACAACUUAGAAUAG